GCCCCCGCCCCUUAGUGUGCGCACUGGGCCUAGUUGCGGCUCCCGGCCGAAGCUCAUCAGCCGUUCUCCGGGGCCCCAGCUCCCGCAGCCUCUCUCCCUCAGGAGCGAGAAAGCAACCCCUUUCUGUUCCGUCCCUUCCCCGCGAGCCCCAGGGCGCUAGGGACGCGCGACCCUCUCUCCGAAGAGGGCAGGGAAGGGGCGCGGGUUGAGGGCGGAGGGGGGGGGGGGCGUUUGCAGAAAGGACGCAGCUGCAGAUCGGUAGCUGGAGUCCGCCACGCAUGAGUGACUCCAGUGACAGCACAUUCGUGUUCACAGGAAGAGAAGGCUGUGUUCUGAACGCUGCCCAACUGGCACUGGUUCUCUCUUGGGGCCCCGCUGUAUCUGGAGCCACUGCCUCCUGGGGGAGGAUACAGGUUCGCUGAUGGCUCAGUUGGGAGCAGUUGUGGCUGUGGCUACCAGUUUCUUUUGUGCAUCUCUCUUCUCAGCUGUGCACAAGAUAGAAGAGGGACAUAUUGGGGUGUAUUACAGAGGCGGAGCCCUUCUGACUUCGACCAGCGGCCCGGGUUUCCAUCUCAUGCUUCCUUUCAUCACAUCGUAUAAGUCGGUGCAGACCACACUGCAGACAGAUGAGGUGAAGAAUGUGCCUUGCGGGACUAGUGGUGGUGUGAUGAUCUACUUUGACCGAAUUGAAGUGGUGAACUUCUUGGUCCCAAAUGCAGUGUAUGACAUCGUGAAGAACUACACUGCUGACUACGACAAGGCUCUCAUCUUCAAUAAGAUCCACCACGAGCUGAACCAGUUCUGCAGUGUGCACACCCUUCAGGAGGUCUACAUAGAGCUCUUCGAUCAGAUUGACGAAAACCUCAAGCUGGCUUUACAACAGGACCUGACCUCCAUGGCCCCUGGGCUUGUCAUCCAAGCUGUGCGGGUGACCAAGCCCAAUAUCCCUGAGGCGAUCCGCAGAAACUACGAGUUGAUGGAAAGUGAGAAGACGAAGCUUCUCAUUGCAGCACAGAAACAGAAGGUGGUGGAGAAGGAAGCUGAGACGGAGCGGAAGAAGGCCCUCAUCGAGGCAGAAAAAGUGGCUCAGGUCGCAGAAAUCACCUAUGGGCAGAAGGUGAUGGAGAAGGAGACGGAGAAGAAGAUUUCAGAAAUUGAAGAUGCUGCGUUCCUGGCCCGGGAGAAGGCGAAGGCCGAUGCGGAGUGCUACACCGCUAUGAAGCUGGCCGAAGCCAACAAGCUGAAGCUGACGCCGGAGUACCUGCAGCUGAUGAAAUACAGAGCCAUCGCUUCCAACAGCAAGAUUUACUUCGGCAAAGACAUCCCGAACAUGUUCGUGGACUCUGCAGGCGGUCUGGGCAAGCAGUUCGAGGGGCUGGCUGACAAGCUGAGUUUCGAUGAUGAGCCCUUGGACGUAGACCCGGAGGAGAAUUGAAAGUUUUUUGUAUACAACCUCGGAUGACACUUACAAAAGAUCUUUAUUUUUGAAUGAUGAACCGGGAUGCUCCUCCCUCCCACACUACCUGCUUUGACUCUCUUCCACAUUCUGUGGAGCGAAAAGAAGAAAUGGAUUUAAAUCUAUUCCCCUUCCUGGGAAGGGAGGGCUGGGAUUGAUGAUUUGGGGUCUUAUUCAGGUAAGCGGGUCAUGUGACUUCUGUUAAGAUGGGCGAACCGUGGGUUUGACCUUUGCCCUCCAGACACUCAUUUUAGCCCUUUGACGCUGGCGUAAGGAGGGAUUUGAUCAUUACCGAGGCGGGGGGAGAGAGGGUGUUGCCUCCAGGUGAUUUGCUUUCCCCCAUUUGGGGAAAGGCAGCCCAAUUUUCUCACCUCUGCCUCCAAGGAUGCUUGUGGGGAAGGCUCAGCCGCUGAGUAGCUGUGUGCUUGUGAGUCUGCCCUGAGCUGGGGGGCAGCAGCUGCCGAGAACAAUGGGCUUUGCUGGUAUUUCUGGCAGCACAUAGGAGUCGUUUUCGCAGCGCGCUCUCUCGAGCCCUCACAAGGAAGGACUGGUGCUAGGUUUUGCAAGCUUCUCUCUCCUACCCUCCCCACCCCAGGGCUUAAAAAGCAGCGAUUUCUGACUACAUUCCAGAGUCCGGGUUUGGGCAUCACCCACAAUUCUUCUUAAAGCUCUUCACCUGUUCUGUGAUUUUUUUUUUUUUACCCUCUCGAAUCUCUUCGUUGAUUUCACUCAGCAUUAGGAAGAUAGGAACAAACAACCCAAGUGUCUUACUAGCUGCUCAAGGGGGUCGCUCUGUCUCUCAGCCAGCGUGGUACCUGCUUGGCAAAGUGCAUGUGUUCCUUGAGGCCUAGCAUCUUUCUCACCAUGGAGGUUUUCUGUCCAAGAGCGCCUCUGGGGACGGAGGAAAGACACCCAAAGGAUCUCCUGGUCUUACAGCCUACAGGCAGUCGGUCUGACGGAGUGAUAAAAAGGGAGCCCGCUAGUAGCAUGUGUUUUGAAGUCUAGGGCGCCAGCAGCCACACAGGGGUCAGACCGAAUGUCCUACCUCCAGAGACAGUUGUGGCCUACACGUCACGAGCUCAUGCCCAGGUCCCUGGCUUGGAAGGGCUGCAUCAAAAUCUGUUCGAAUGGUUUGGGGUGGUUUUUUGUUGGUUGGGUUUGGUUUUGUUUUGUUUUUCCCCAUUUCUAGUUAGGAAAAUUUUGUGUCAUUCUGGGAGAUUUGGGAUGGAGAAGACCAACCAUGAAAGGAAGGUUUUCUUAUAUCCUGAAAUCAGAGGGAGGAGGUGGGUUCCAGCGUAUGUAGGCCGUGAGCUGUGUACCAGACUGUGAGGUUAACUCCCCUUUCACUUGCAGGCGUGUUGGUCUUCUCCAUGACAAACUCCGGCUUAGGGUCUGGCCUUGUUAUUAGCUGCCCUCCCCACCACCACUACCAAAGAAACUACCACGGUACCCCUUUUCCCUCAGCGAAACUAUGAACCAUACCUUCUGGCACAGAUGCCCACCUCAUUUUUGGUCCCGUGCCCAGACUUCUGCUUUAUUGGAUGGCCCCAGAAUUCGGGCCAGCUUGCUCCCAGGUAGCACCAGGCUUGUCGAGAGUUUGGGGAGCAUUCAGCCUGCUUAGGUAGAAACAACAUGUUAACUCCUCUUAAUUCAAGCAUUGCCCUUACCUGUUCUCAUUUCUGGGACUUAAGAAUUCUCACACCAGUGGUCCUGGUCACACUUCGUGCAAGCAGCCCACUGUUCCUGGCAAUGAUGGAUUUUUAUGUGCUCGAAAGUGCUUGCAGAAAACUGUCUCCCAAGGCCAACAUAGGUAUCCAUUAUUAAGAUCUUCUCACCCUCCUCCCAUUUCGAUGCCAUUAAUCCCUUGUUGGGAACAACAUGACACAUGACAUCUAGUAUCCCCAUACAUAUUUUUCUGCUUCCUCUACUCUCAGAUUUGCUGCCUAGGCCUCAGAAAACACUACUUCAAUAGAACAAAAAGCAAGGAUCUCUCCACCUCUCAAUAGCACGUUUGCUCAGGUUCUUCUCUUGAAAGCCCAAUACUAACAUCCUGUGACAGCUUGACCCUUGCACUUGAUAAACUUUAACCACAAAAGAGCCUCGAAGUCAAAUCCUGCUGCCCCUGCCUCCCUCAAUGCUAAUGUUGCUUCCUCUUUGAACAAAAAAUAGAAAUGUCAUAGUGCCCCUCUGUUUAAAUUCCGCGGUUAGCUGCACCUGCCUGAAUAGUAAAAUCAUGGAAGUCAGCAGUUUCCUUAGCACGGGACGACUAACCAAUCUGUGUGAUUCUGUGUCUUCAGCACUCACUAGAAAAUCUGAUCUUAAAACAUUGAAUCCUAAACAUGUAAAAUGUGACAGCCUACACAUUUGUAGGCAGUAAAGUCAUGGCUGCUAUUUGUAAAUGGAACUUCUAUCAAAAUACGUAACUGUUUAUAAAAUUCAGUUUUUGUAGGAUUUUUCCAAGGAAAAGGCACCUUGGUUGAAUGUUUCUCAUUAAACUUUACAGAAGUGGUUCCUAUUCGUACUGUUUUUAAUCACUUUUUUAAUAUAAGGACAGAAUAUUUGCAAGGAAGCCAAAGUUUGUUAAUAGUUUUUAUAAGACUAAAAUAAAAUAAAUUUGAAGGGAUCUGUGGUCAUAUUAACUUGAAGGAGGAAAAAUAUAAUUGAAAGAAUUUUGGCAAUAUAUUGACUCCAAAAAAAAAAAAAGUUGUUUUCUAAAUGAUCUGUUGUAAUUUCUUUGGGUCCAUAUAUCUUUCAGCACUGUUGGCUUUGCCAUUUACAGAGAGUAAGUAGUGAAAGUAAGGUCGUCGUCUUACUGACUUCGCAUUUUAAGUUUGAUUGAAGAUAAACUUCAAUCCUCAGUUGAGAAUAAACCUGUAUGUUGACUAGUGGCUGCUCUGUGUCUGUGAACUUAACGGGCUACUUCAUUAGUUCUACUCGGUAGGGUCCGAGCCACUCUUCUAUUGCUUCCUUAGAAAGGAAGUAAUAGUCAAUCAGCUUGUGUUUGUAAUUUCAGUUUCUUUUUAUUUCUGCUUUUGUGUAAGCUGGUGAUUGAAUAAUCGAAAGUAAUUCUACUUUCAAAGAGCCCCAGCGGUUUAAUGACCCCCUCUGUAAAUGAGAAAUGAUUCUUGUUAUAUUAAUCACUCUAUAAAUAAUGUGCUGGAUUAAUUACCUUGGGUUGAUAGCUGGAGGUAUUGUUUUAGACAACACUAAAGGUGUGAAUUUAUAUCUAUUUUCAGUCUUGAUAAAUAAAAUCAUUCUUCUUUGUA